CGGGAGAACCAGGACUGAGAGGAGCAGACUGUCAGACCUGCUGCAGUAACAUGAGAGGUUUUCUGAAGAGACUCUGCUGCUCAGAGACUUAAAGUACUUUGUGUUUAUUAAAAUAGAAACAUGAGUGUAUACUGUUACUCCUGCCGUUCAGCGGUUCAUUAAGCGGGUAACGACACAAAAUAGAUAUUUAAAGGUAUUUAUUAUGGACGCUCAUCUGGCACGUUUUUAUUGUGCGAUUGCGUCGACACAAUGAAUUAAAUGUCGGAGCGGCACAAGUUUAUUAAACAGAUAUUAAAAAACAAAAGAGACUCGGAGGAAGAGUCCAUGUUGUUGGUGUCGUCUUUAUUUAUCGUCUCAACGUUUCAUUAAAUGUGUUCAGACGUUAACUUAAAGUAACUUCUUCUUGAAUCUGUUGUUGAUUCUUGAUUGAAUAUGAAGUGCGUCUGUUUGUACGUGUUUAUGUUUGAAUGAAUCUUCUGUUGUGUUUGUGAAGAAUUGAGUUAAAACAGCUCCAAUAUUUUCAUAUUAUGAAUAUUCAAAGGACUCGGGAGGUAAAGAGUAACAUGACGGCGUUCAUUUGUUUCUUCUCCACAGUGAUAAAUAACAUAACGUUUCUGUUUAUCCGUUUGGUUUGAACUACGCUGCAAAAACUGUAAAAGAGUACAAAUACAAUAAAGCUCUACGUCCUGUUAGUUUCCUGUAGCGAGUGUUUCCAGAUGAACUGCUUCAGUUUAUUACUGUGUUUCAAAACACUUUGAAAGAGAUGUAAACAGGAAAUACAGUGAAUGUGAUGAAUAUCAUCGGAGCAUUAAUCUGCUUUUACAUCACCUACAAAAUGGCCGUGUGUUUAUCAAUCACUUUGAAGAAAAGUGUCCUCCGGUCCUCUUGAGCUCCGCCCUCUGUGUCGCCUCUUGUUCUGAAAGAAUAAAGAUGGCGACCAAAGCCCAAAAGACAGUGAAGUCAAAGAACGUGGCGGUUCCUUUAUGGACGAACGGUCGCUUUGUACUUCACACUUCAAACAUCGUUAAAGCGGAGUUCAUUAGUGAAGAUGAUCAUGAUGAACUAAACGUGUAAGAAUCAGAAAUGAUUGUUUGUUUUCUGUAAUAAUCCAGAAUCAAAUGGAAGAAUCUGAUUGGCUGUUUGUGGAGGGAACCAGUGGUGAUGACUUCCUGUUGGACUACAGACACACAUCAUCCUGCAGAUCUGUAUUUGUGCAAAUCUGAACUAAAUCCAAGCAAAGCUUUCUCCACUUGGACCGUCUCCGCUGUGUCUGCACCUCUGAGUGAGUCAACGUAUCUUCAUCAGCUGAUUCACUUUACUGAUGUUUAUUACAACCAUCGUCAUCAAAUGAUCUGGAACUGAAGUCCUGAGGAUUUGUGCUGCCAAUAAACUGAUUGGUGGCCAUGUUGAAACACAGGUGUGAUCAAUAACACUGAUUAUGAGCCUGCAUGUGCACGCUGACUCAACAGAACCAUAAUCACCUUCAUCAGUUACACCUGUGGACCCGUCUGCUGGGGCAGGAAGGACUCUUUACUUCAGUCAUGAGGACCCUUCAGGUCUCUGAGGACCGGGAGGAGGAGAUGUGGUAGAUCGACUUCCUGGAGCGAACGAGCUGCUGUUGGUUGGUAACCUGCUCACGAAACACAAAGCUGCAGGAAGAGGAAGGUCCUCCUGCUAGAUUUUGGGUGAAGCCGUCAGGAGCUGCUGAAGAUAUAUAUAAUAUAAAUAUUACACGAUGUCUCAACCCGUCGACGUGAACACGGAGAGGUGGCCCAUCGCUCCAGAUGGCUACAUCCCAAACUCUGUGAUCCUCAGCUGGAGGAAGAAGGGAAAGUGUUUUCCCCAGACGGACAUCUUGUCUCAUCUUCAUUGGGAGGACCUGAGGACAGGAUUAUUGUGGUUCACACAAGAUGAGGAGAACACAAGCGAUGUGGAAGAAGAUGAGAAGGAUGAAGAGGAGUCCUAUGACGUUCAGUGGAAGAUCAGUAUGCAGAACCUGCAGAUAACAUCUGAUGACGAACUAAUAAAUGAGGAGCCUCAGAGGGAAGAAGUCUGCUACGAUACAAGAGAGACCUUCAUAGCGACCUCCUGUCAUGAAAAUAAACAACCGAGAGAGCAUGACGAGGAAUGGAAGCUUUGUGAAGACGUCACACCUCCACUCCAACAUCUCGAACGGAGAACAUCCAGUUUCAUAACCACCGCGCAGCCGGAGCCUCCAGUGGAAAGUCGUGUGGUGUCUGCAGACGAUGUCCUCUCAAAGCAAGAACCCAGGAUAGCCUCAUACAUACCACCUACAGAGCCCAAAACCUUGACUCCUUGUCCCCCGAAGCCUCCUUCUCCGCCUAGAGAGCCCAAAGCCUUGACUCCUCAUCCCCCGGAGCCUCCUUCUUCGCCUAGAGAGCCCAAAACCUUAACUCCUCGUCCCCUGAAGCCUCCUUCUCCACCUACAGAGCCCAAAACCUUCACUCCUCGUCCCCCGAAGCCUCCUUCUCCACCUACAGAGCCCAAAACCUUCACUCCUCGUCCCCCGAAGCCUCCCCUUCCAACCCCAGAGGAUCCCCAACCAGACCUUGGACUUCCUGAGUUCUCGCCGAUCGGAGAUAAAAGGUUCCUCCUCUCUUCCACCAAAUAUAACAACAUCGGAACCCAAACACCGGUAUCCCUUGAUCGAAGAGUCUUGGAGCUCUACAAGAAGUACAGAGUUGGCAUCAGGAACUCGUCACGCCUUGGAAAAUGCUCCACCAUCACUGAGCGUCCUCUUGCUUCUACGCGCUCCACCGUUCAGUCUACUUCUGCACAGAACCUGAAGAACCUGCACAAACCUCUGCAAGGUUUCUGUUCUCCACCGGCCGCUAGAGAGCAUCCUGUCGAGUCUUCCGAUGCCAGACGGCGUGCAGCGAUCAUCCACGCACUGCGGCCUGGUGGCGCAGUAGACCACCAUAGGGUGGUGCAAAAGAUUUGGAUGAAAGACACCGUGGACCCCUCGUCCUUUCACUUCCACAACGUGAUCCCGUUGAACGCCCAACAGACCUUCUUCACUUUGAAUCCCUGUGGGAAGACCCAGUACGGGAGGCUGCAGUUUGACUGGAUGAGGGGACACGAUAAAGACAAGCUCUGCGGUUUAGACCUAAGGAGACGGCGGUUGGCUUUGUCCGAUCUUAGUAGAUCUACUUAGCAACUCGCCAGCUCUUGAACCAUUUCGUCAUUUGGUUGAACAAUAAAAUAAUGUGUUGCAUAAUUUGGGUUCAAACUAUAAUGAUGACAUUGUGGGUCGGUUGAUCCACUUCUUUGGCUCAGACAAAUAUCUCUCAACAAAUAUUGAAUUGGUUGGCAUGAAAUUUUGCACAGACGUUCAUGGUCCCAAGAGGAUGCAUCCUACUGACUUUGGCGACACCCUGCAACUUUCCUUUUUAGUGCCAUCUGCAGGUCACAACUCUCCAUUCACCAUCAAGUUUAGUUUAGUUGCACAAUAUAAAAAUGUGGGUGGGAAAAGCCCCACCAUUGCUUUAGUACGUUUAAAUCUUAUCGGAACAUUUACCUCAAUAAGAAAGUAAGACAUUUAGAAAGAACUGAAAAUUCAAAAGUAGACUAAGAGUUAGCCUUUGAAUUUGCUUUAGAGUAGGUCUUGAACUGUUCAGUAAUAUUCCCUUCACCUGGUAGUAUCUUAUGAAUAAAAACACAAAGAGGGAUCGUUCCUCGUGUGAAACGAGAAGCCAACGAUUUAUUAGUCACGUAACUUGCGUACUUCAGUAGGUAUUUCAUUUGUAGGUAUUUAACCCAACCGAAGAUCUCCGAAGAUCAUUUCUCUAAAGCGAACUAGUUUGUCUAAACCUCACUAAGUAGUUUAGUUGUCUGAACUUUAAAAUUUUUAAAUUGACUUGUGUUGCUGGACUUUCAGAUGAAAACGCAGAAAAAAAAGUAACUUUUCGUAAGAUUUAAUACUAACCGUCGUAUGAGGAUACAUUACUUUAGGUGAUAUAUCUGAAAAUGAAUGAAUGGAUUAUCAUUACAUUUUAUGGACAUUCAUGCUUCCUAGAUGAUGGAUCCUGAUGACUUUAGUGAUGAAUUUGAGGGAAAACAAAGACGUGAAUAUUUUGUCGUUGACAGAUUGAUGAGUAAUCUGAUAAAGAAUCAGAAACAUUAACUACGUUAAUUCAUACAGGCAUUAAAGCUGACAAACAAAUAUGACGACCGCUGCCACACAUUGUCUCAGGAGGUUUAAUGUACAAUAAAGACCAAUAAAAUAAAAUAAUACAAUAUGGUGGAACAGAAUGA